AGGAUUGGGGCCAUUUUUCAGUGGAUUCCCUCAAACCCAUGCUUCAAACCAAACAAGGAAUCUCUUGGAUAAAUCUCUACCGCCAAAUCCGCCAGCUGGACUCUCUGAGUUGCCACAGAAUCUUGAUGAGCAACCAGGAGCUUCCCACUCCCAGAGCUUCUCAUUCACUCAUUUUUGUAUCCAAUUGCCUUGUUCUCUUUGGUGGAGGCUCUGAGGGAGGUAAGCACCUUGAUGACACGUGGAUAGCACGUAUAGACAGUGACAUCAGGGUAAGAUUGAAAUGGGAAAAGAUAGCUGUGGGCAGUCCAAGCGGACGGUUCGGGCAUUCAUGCGUAGCCAUUGAAAAUUUCAUUGUCCUCUUUGGAGGCAUCAACGACCUCGGCGCUCGCCAAAAUGAUGUUUGGAUAGGGCAGGUGUCAUUCCAGGAUUCACUUAGCGGCGGUGUUACUUUGUCUUGGAGACUACUGGAUGUGAGUGAAACUAUCUCACCUCCUCCCCGAGGGGCCCACGCAGCUUGUCCCACCGAUGACGGAAUGAUGAUGCUUAUCCACGGAGGCAUUGGAAUGUCCGGGAUUAGACUAGAUGACACUUGGGUUCUUGUCUUCUCAAAAGACCACCAUUCUGGGGUAUGGCGGGAACUAGUGACUUGCUCUUCUCCUCCGUCUCGGUCCGGUCACACGUUGACCAACAUUGGGAAGAACCAAAUAAUCAUGUUUGGAGGGCGAGGGAGAGGGUACGAAGUUCUCAACGAUGUGUGGCUGUUGCAUGCAUUGUCAUGUGAAGGUGAAUGGCAUUGGGUGGAGUUAUUAUUUGACUUGCAGGGUCCUCAAGGGCUGGUGGAUCUACCUCGGGUCGGCCACUCCGCGAACCUCAUCGUAGGUCGUAAACUACUCAUAUACGGAGGUGAAGACUCGCAUAGACAUAGAAAAAAUGACUUUUGGGUGUUGGAUAUUGGUUCUUCACUGUUAAACAUGAAUCGUAAGAGAUCAUAUAUUUCAAAAGGGUGGACGGAGUUAAGGGGGAUAGGCGAUAAACCUGAACCUAGGUCAUUCCACCGAGCCUGCACAGACUAUUCAGGUCAAUACUUGUACAUAGUUGGCGGAAUGGUAGAUUGCUUAUGUCAGCCUGGUGGAUUACCAGGGUUAAGAUUUGAUGGAGGGCAGUUUCUCCUUGAGAUAUUGCUUCGAGUAUAAAAAUCUUGAAAUGGUUUUUCCUGUUAGUCCUCAGAUUGUUAUUUCAGUAAUGCAAUUAAUCCCUACCUAAUGUAUUAGUGACACUUUCCAUCUUCAUCUAUGGCGUCAAGAUUCAAAGUAGCAUCAAGUGUCUUUCACAAAGUCAGAG